CCCUAGUCGACCUCCUCAUUUCGUCGAACACCUCCCCCCUCCUCCGCUCCGAUCGCGUGUAUGGAUUUUUUUUUUUUUUUAUUCCUUUAAUUCACAGUGAGUACGAAGUUAGCUCACGAUUCCCUGCGAUAGCUUUAACAGAUCGUUUUUUCUGAGAAAAGGAGGUGUUUUUAGUCCAAUUUGCUUCUCAAAUUAGUGCUUCUUAAACAUCCUUUGACGAUUUCUCAAUUGAUAGCUCGAAUUUGGGGUUGUGUGAAUCAGGGAAUGUGGUGGAAAAUUAGGAGUGGAAAAUUUAGGUUAUUGAUGGGGUAACGUACAUAAUUUAAGAAUGUUGAAACACUAGAUAGUGAAUUGAGUCGAGAUGAGUAGCUGGUAGUAACAAUUUGGUUAAUCUCGUUGAAAUUGUUGUGAUGAUCAUCAUACGUACAUACAUAGUGUGUUGUUCUCUAGCGCAAAUUUCUUCUGUUUGUUAAGCAAUUUUUAACCUUUUUAUUGUUUCUUACUUUCACUACCGGUGUCCACCCCCAUUUGAGUUCUGCUUCUGUUCUGAGAGUUAUGGCGCCAUCUUUGUCGCAUCACUCUGCGGCGGAGGAAAAGGUGAGAGUUUUAGAAGGAAUUGACCCUGCACAAGUCGACCUCCGAGUAAUGAUCCCUGCCUCUACGGAAUCCGACUUGCAUUUCAUUCACGGCCCGGCAGUUAAGGUUUCUGAUUUUGAUCCCAGCCUCCAACUUUCCCGAAGAAUUAGGAAAGAAAGGCUUUUGUUCAAGCGCCCUGCCAUUAAUGCCUUUAGCUGGAACCCUUCUAUAAGUCGCCCCUUUCGGUCUUGGCCUGCUUCGAACCUUAAGUACGUUGCUUGGUUGGAUCGCGUGCAAGCGGCUAAGGCCGCUCACUGGCGGCGAAUCGACGUCUUCGAUGUCAUUCAGUUUUCUAGGGACCCCCCCAGACCCGACCCGUAUUUGAUAGGUGCAUCCCUUUGUUUUUGGUCAACUUCCACCAAUUCCCUGCAUUUGAGGUAUGGGAUGUCGACACCUACACUCUUAGAUCUCGCUGCCAUUGCGGGGCUUCGGCCCCAUGGCACUGAGGUGAAUGCAGGGAUGGAGGUGGACUUCUCAAUCUUCAAUGUUAGUUUCGAUAAUUCCCUCGCCUUCACCUCCUUUAUUGACCGGUUCAAUGGUAAGGAAGGUCCGGUCAGUGAUCAGGAGCAUGUUGCCUUUCUUUUGUAUUGGAUCUGUCGAUAUUUAGUUUGUACAAAGUCUUUGAAGAUUGUUAAGGAGUUUCUAAAGUUAUCUAUUUGCCUAGCUGAAGGCCAAUUCAUAGCUCUUGGCCCUUUUGUUCUUAGCCAACUCUAUCGCAGCCUUGCUUCUGUUGUUUCUGACAUUAGGAGUGAGGAUAGGGAUUUUAGGUUUACCAAUGCUGGGGGCCCCCUAUGGUUAUACCAACUGUGGCUAUACGCAUAUUUUCCUGAGCUAGGUCGAUGUAAUAGGUCCCUUCUCUCCAAGCUUGAUAAUCGCCCCAACUAUGGCGUCAUUUUGCUUUGUGUUCGUCCCGUAUGGGACAAACUAACUGACUCUGUUUUCACCGACUUCCUCUCCUUCUUCUUCCACGUUGAGAGCCGAACGCCUGAACGUAUAGCCCCUUUUGUUGAUCGACAGUACGGUCCGGAUUGGUUCCGCAUGUCUUCCCAAUCUCUUCUCGAGGAUCCAAACGCAGGUCAUUUACUUUCUGAGCUGCCUCAAAUUUGGUCGAGCUUUCUGGUGCCUCGUGACCUCCAUGUCGGCCUAACUUUCAAUUCCUCCUUCAUUGUCCCUGGUACCGAAGUGUAUCUGCCUCACUUUGUCGCUCGGCAGUUUGGGCUUAUACAAACCAUCCCUCUCCCCUUGAUUUCGUCAUUUAGUGAUCUUGGUGCGCGGACAUCUUUCGACGUCCCUGCACAAGUGAAUAUGGUUGACGAGGUUAACAGUUAUUUUUUUGACCGAUUCCACUUAGAGGAGUUCACUCCUUAUCCUAGUACCGUUACACUCUUUGACGAAUGGUGGGGUGAACAUUGCAACCAUCUCUUUGGAGAAGACUUUAAACAUUUAAUGGCAGGAAUCCUCUUUACACCACCUAUCGAGAAGACUGUCGAUGCGGGUCCUUCUAUGCAAGUGAAGUCGAAGUCGAAGAAGAAAGGUGGAAUCAAAUCUCCUGGGCAAGUCACCUUUUCUGGCUAUUAUGCAAAUUGGCCUGAGGACAAACUCCCUAAGCCUUGUGUAACUGGCGACAAGCCUUUCUUUGACGUCAGGCCGAUUGGGGAUGGUGUUGCUUCAAAGCCGAAGUUGAUUUUUGAGGAGGCUUUCCCAGAGAUUCAAGAAGCAGAAGAACCGUUACGAAAGAAGCGAAAAAAGGAGAUUUUGAUUGAAUUUUCAAGAACUCCUACUGGAGGUUGCCAAAUGAACGUUCUAUCUACGGUGAGCACAGAAGUGGCUAGAAAAGACUCUUCACACGAGAGCCAAAUAAUUUCAGUUGGAUCAAAGGGCUCAUUAGUAGCUGAGUCAACUGCCGAGGCUACGGGUUCUUCAUCCCGAACUUUGACCAUGCAAAGCUCUUCUCCCAGUCGAGCACAAUCUCCAAUUUCUCCUGCUCCAAUCCGAGCUCUUUUUCCAGAUUCAUCCACCAGCCCUAAAGAAGACUUGGCUGCAGAAGCCACUAAAUUACCUAAAAAGGAAACCACCCCAUUCAAUGCCAAUCCCCUAACAAAGGAUAGCAUCGCUCGCUUGAUAAGUGUGGGUACAGAAAAUGAGGAGUCGAUUAAAGCAUUUUUGACUUCCUUCUAUCAGGAAGACCCUUCUCCUAAUGUUUCCUCAGUUGAUGCCCCUGAGCUCGAGAUCAGUAGGUCAACAGAAUUCACGGUUGUAUUGAGUGAGCUACGGGCCCUUUUGCAAAAGGGCAUUGCUGAAAUCAACCAAAACCCGGCCUUUAGAACCCGCUUAAAUUAUGCCCUUGAUCUCCUCUCAGUGGUGAAUUCCGACGACAAAGCCUUAAUUCGGACCAAGACCCUGGUGUUGGACCUGCAGGCACAGCUUGGCGAGUUAUCUUCCCAAUACCAAGCAGCCCAAAAAUCCAUUAAGGAAGCCGAGGAAACGGCCACCUUAGAGAAAAUUUUAUUAGCUGAGGGAGCAAAGUGUAAAGAACGACUAGCUGAACUGAAAUCUGAGCAAGAAACUGCUCAGGAGGAACUGGCCAACCUCGAGAUGCUCAGGGCAGAAUGUGAAGCUAAACUGAAGGCAUUGAGUAAUGAUACUGUCAAGUGGAAAACUAUUAAGGACUUGGUUGAAAAGAAGAGAGAGAAUGCUCUCGAGGAGACGAGGAGUAUAGCAGCCAAAUUCAAGCAGGUUGUGCAACAGCGAGAGCGUACCGAACAGCAGAGAGAAUUGGCUAGAAGAGAUGUGGCUCACAUUGAAAGUAAAUGGGCAGAGUUUCGGGAUAGGUUUAGGAGGGGUUGUGAGCUAAAGGAUUGAGAUAGUUGGUUCGUAAAUCUAAUCAAAAUUCCGUAGAAUCUCAAUUGUGAUUUUUGCUAUGUAGCCUGUAUCUUUUUCUUUUCCUGUUUGGAUGAAUUGUUUUCUUCUUUGUUGUUUCAUAGUUGAUGUAGAUUUAGAUGUUUAGAUUUGAAUAGCAUGCAAAUCGUGUUCAGUUGAAGCUUUUUUUGCCUGUAAAUCGUAAGCCUGGCUCCUGUACCAUUGCUUGUCAAGGAAACUGUUCUUUUCACCCUCGA